UAGGUUGUUGAUUGGUCGUACACACGUACUUUGUAUUGUACUUACAAUGUUUAUUGUUUAGUUUUGUGUAAGGUUAUCUAUCUUCUUUGUUUAGACCUAGUUUAUUAUGUAAUGUUAUGACAGUAUAAACAUUUAGGCAUAUACAAACAAAAAUAAAGCAAAUUUCAUUGAGAAAAACUGUAAUGUCAUAACCCCAGCUACAUCCUAUCUUAGCCAACCAAGUUGAAGAUGGAUUUGAGUGGGGAAGUCAAGUGUCCUUUGACGGACGAAACAAUUAUAAGGAAACCAACAAGAAAAGGCCUAACUUUGGAAUUAGUGAUGUUUACAUUUUUCUUGGGCAAAACAUUUUCAGAUAUGAUAAUCGUAAACCUACUCGAGAGGAACACAUGCCUGGUUAUACUUGAGUUCCGAGAAGAGAACUGCACAGACCCGGUCAGUCCCAGUACUGAAGGCUUGGUCCAACAGAGUACAGCUAAUAUCAUCAUGGCUCGUAGCAUGAUAGAGGCAUUCGUACCAUCUCUGCUCUCACUGUUCAUUGGUCCGUGGAGUGACACCAACGGACGACUGCCUCUCAUAUUGUUGUCUUUGACAGGUUAUAUUGUGUCCACGGUGAUGUGGUGUGUAAUGUCACUGUUUCCUCAACUACAUCCUAUGUACUUCCUGCUCACUUCUGUGCCAGUAGCUCUAGGAGGAGGUUAUGUCAGUUUCUUCCUUGCACUCUAUUGCUACAUCAGUGAUACUACUAAAGAAGAUCAGAGGGCUUUCAGGAUGGGUUUGGCAGAAGCAUCGUGUAUGGCGGGUGUGCUGUGUUCCUCACUGCUCACUCCAUAUGUUUUGAACACCUCGCCUCAGUUCGGCUACACGAUUGUGUUUGCUUUAGGCACUUCUUUGAUGAUGCUCAUCUUCCUGUUCGUCUACUUUUUUCUCAAGGAAUCGGUGAAUGUUGUUGAGAGUGAACGCACAAAGUUGUGGAAAAUCGACCACGUUAAGGAAAUAUUCACAACCUGCUUCCUAUUCCGCCCAAACCAUAUUCGCACUAUAGUGAUGUGUAUAAUUAUCAACUUGGUGUUAUUCAUCGUUAAUAUGGACGGUGAAUUGGCUGUUCUAUACAUGUUCACGCAGAAGAAGUUUAACUGGCAGUUAGAGGACUACACAAGAUUCACAUCAUUCUUGAUUUUAGUUGCAGGGUCAUCAGUCAUAGGCAGUCUGUGGCUGUUGGUAUCUGUACUGAAGAUGCCAGAUCUACCGCUGAUGUUUGUUGGGACAGUCUGUUUGGUGUGCAAGUCACUGUUGCAGGCCAUUGCCACCUCUAGUGUCUACCUGUACAUUGCUGGAAGCUUCAGUGUCCUCUCUGUGCUGGUGACACCGCUGUCAAGGUCACAGCUGUCCAAGCUCAUACCUCCGGAAGAUUUAGGUAAGAUUUUUGCCUUCACCGCAUUCCUAGAAGCCACUGCUCCACUGAUGGCUGCUCCUCUGUAUGGUUUUGUAUACAAAGCUACAAUAGACACCUACCCUAAUGCUGUGUUCUGGCUGUCGACAGGGCUGUGCCUCAUAUCUGUCUUCCUUAUAGGGUCAGUGCUAGUACUUCACAGAAGAGUUUCCUUAGCAGACCAAAGACCGUUGCUGGUUAAUGAUGACAAGGAGGAAACGAGUGUCGAGACAUAAAAGCUGCUAAGUGACACUUCCUACCAGGUCUUUCAGACAAUUCGCUCCAAAGGAUUGUAACACUUAUAGUCCAGGCAAAUUAGAUCAAAUAUAGGGUGUGCUCCCCAAAAAAUCGUCUAAAGCUGGAAAGUGUUUU